AUGCUGCGCACAGAGGUCAACAAACUAGCGCAGGAGCUGCUUAUGCACCGACAAGUCCUGGAGCAAUGUCUGGAGGUGCGGGAGAGCGUGCUGGAGCUUCUCCAGCACCGAGAAGCCCUGGUGCAGUGUCUGGAGUUGCGCGAAGGGGUGCAGGCUGCCCUGAGCAGCACACAGAUCAUUGGCGAAGUUGUGGAUCGCACCUCCGAGCUGGAUCUCUCGCUCGCUGGGGUGUCAGACAACACCGCUCGACAUGGCCGAGCAAUUGCUAGCCUCACAGAGCAGCAACGCCGUCGAGCCCUUAUCCUGUGA